CCCAACUGUAUAUGAAGACAUUCUGUGCCAGCUUUGGUGGGUAGAAGAAUUUUUUGACUCAUCGAAAAAGAAGGCAAAGAUCAUGGAGGUCACAUCUCAGCCUGCUGCAUUUGCACCCAGUGACUUUCACACGGGCUUAUUGAGCUGCUGUGAAGACACAAGCGUAUGUUGUUAUGGCUGUUUCUGCCUCACUUGUUUGGGCUGUUCCAUUGCCAGUGACAUGAAUGAGUGCUGCUGCUGCGGUUUAGGCAUGCCGAUCCGAAGUGUUUACAGAACUAAAUACAACAUACCAGGAUCCCUGUGUAAUGACUUUGGGCUGGUUACUUCUGCAUGCCUUGCGCAGCCUGCCAGUUGAAGAGAGACAUUGACAUCAGGAAGCGUACUGGAGGAAUUCUGAGGAAAAUAUAUUUUACAAGGAACAAAAGCC